AUGCUCUCCCCUUCACUCAACCCCUCGGCUCCCAGCUUCGAGCUCGGUGCCUACGGCGGCCCCGCCAUCAACAUGUCUUCCCCCUCCACCGCCGCCCGGACCACUCCCUCCACCCGUCCCGGCAACCUCGCCGCUUCAGCCACUGGUAAAUCACUGAUCGACACCACCACCAACACGGCCAGGGUCGCUGCCGUCUACGGCCACGGCUGGAAGAGCUCGUCGCCUCCUUCCUCGGCCUUCCCCGCUCCAGUCGACUCGCCCACCAAGCCCACGUUCAGCACCCCCAGGCGCCUGGUCUCGGCUCACCCUUCCUUCAACACUGGAGCUCUCCCUUUCAAGCGCACGAACGGUCUCUCCAACGGCUACUCGACCUUGCUCACCGUCUCGGACAAGUCUGACUCUGCGUCCCUCGCCGGCAGCCGCCACCGCCCCAAGUCUCCCAGUCUUCCCGGCAUCCUUCCCUCGGACGAGCUCCGCCGUGGUGGUCCCCCAAGCGCCGCCGACGCUCUCAAGCACCUCCUCACGGUCGCCUCUGCUGAUCGCCAGUCUGGUUCCGCCUUCAUCAAGCCUGCCGCCACCAUCACGCCCACUUUUGACCCCUUCUUUGAUGACGCCAAGACCUCUCACCCCGAGGUGAUGGUCGUCGACCUGGGUCGCGCCACUCACACUGUGCAGCCCAGCACCCCUCGUACCACCCGCGUCACGGAACCCCUCUCGCCUCCCUGGACCCGCUCCCCCGUCGCGGUCCGUGGUGGCUAUUCCCGCUUGGACUCGUUCGAUCACCACUCGUCCAGCUCGGGCGAGCACGAGAGCAACUCGUCCACCAGCGAUUUUGGAGAGCGCCGCAACGUUUACAUCCCCGCCCUCACCUCGACCGUCACCGAGGAGAACCUUCGCAAGGCAGCCCAGAUGUCAGGCCGCGUCGUCUCCGUCAAGAUUGAGCGUGCGGGUGCCAUGACCCCUGACGUCUUUGACAUGCUUCCUGAUGGUAUCCACGGCCCGGCUAGGACCUAUGCCUUUGUCAUGUUUGACACUCCCCGUUCCGCCGGGCACUUUAUGCAGGCUCUCACCGAGAGCGGCAUUCCAUGCCAGUAUGGCAAGGAGACUCCCCACCUCAAGCAGAAGGUCCUCGAAGACCCUCACUCUAGCAACCUCUACGUCGCCGAGAUCCCUCUCGACGCUACCGAGGAGGACAUGCGCAACUUGUUCCACCCUGGUGUCAUCUCAUCACUCCGUUUCCUGACCGACGACAAGGGUAACCGCCGUGGCACUGCCAUGGUUCGUCUUCAGAGCCGCGCUCAAGCCGAGGAAGCUAUCAAGAGGCUCGACUUGAUGUUUGUCAUUCCUGGCUGUGCAAAGGCCCUUCAAGUUCGCAUUGCCGACUCGGAGCCCCAGAAGCAGUUCAAGCGUGUCAACAUGGCUCCCCGCUCGCCCGAGGUGUUUGACGGUCUGCGUCGCGGCAGCUUUGGCAGCUUUGGAAGCGUCAACAGCCCUGCUCCCUCUCCCAUCCGUCCCAAUGGCGGUUCUCCCAACAGCAGCGUGCUUGUCGACAGCGCCUUUGAAGAGGACGAUGACACGCGCAAGCUCAAGGACACGAUCAGUUCUCUCCAGGCCGAGGUUGAGCGUCGUGAGGCCAUGGCAAAGGAAUCGUCCCUGAGGCAGCGCCGCGCCAUCAACAUGCCCAUCACCACUACUGGCCAUCUGGUCCCUGGUCUGGCGACUGACACCAACAAGGAGGCUGACGACCUGGGCCCCAUUCUCAAGCCUCUUCACAUCAACACGCCCAAGGCCUUUGACUUUGACUCGUUCCUCGACCAGAAGCACCAGGUGCCCCACAUGACCUCACCCAUGACCCCGGUCACGCCCACCCACUGGGGCAAGUACGCCACCUCGCGCAAGUCGUCGUUGUCGCUGCACGAGUCCCAGUCGUCCCUGUCGUCGAGCAACGACAGCCGCCGCCACCGCAUGCCCAACGGCAACAGCGACCGCCCCGAAUACCCUCUCGACGCCAACCCCGCUCGCUUCUAA